AUGCAAUUCGCGCUUAUGCUAAUACUUCUGCUCCUCCACCACGGGGUGGAGGCUCGGUUCCGGAACAGGCAAUACGAUGAGGAAAAGGACACCAUCGUCGAACUGCCCAAGUUGGGCAGCAUCCAGGGAAAGAUUCUUGAAACUGCCUGGACUAAGCGUGAAGUGCUGCAAUUUGUGGAUGUUCGAUAUGCAGAGCCUCCCACGGGGCUCAAUCGAUUCAAGCCACCGCGCCCGAUCGAGCCAUGGGAGGAUGUGAUGGAUGCCACAGCCGAGAAGAUCGGAUGCCCUUCGGUGGUGUCAAUGGAAUCGCUGCGCAAACUGGACGACGUACUGGAUGUGGAGGACUGCUUGACAAUGACCAUCACCACGCCAAACGUAACUGCCCGCUUGCCAGUGCUGGUAUACAUCCAUGGCGAAUACCUUUACGAGGGCAGCAACUCGGAGGCGCCUCCGGAUUAUCUCCUCGAGAAGGACAUCGUGCUGGUCACGCCUCAGUACCGACUCGGUCCUUUUGGUUUUCUGUCGACGAAAACAGAUGAGAUUCCCGGCAAUGCUGGCUUCCUGGACAUUUUUCUGGCCCUACAGUUUGUUAAGCAUUUUAUCUCCAACUUUGGCGGCGAUCCCUCGCGGGUAACGGUGGCCGGCCAGGUGGGCGGAGCAGCCAUUGCCCACCUGCUCACGCUCUCGCCGAUGGUGCAGCGUGGUCUGUUCAGUCAGGUGAUUUAUCAUUCGGGCUCCGCCAUUAUGCCCAUCUUUUUGGAGGAGGAUCCUCGCAAGCAUGCCCACGAAAUCGCCAAGAAGGCCGACUGUCAGAUGGUGACCGUGCGGGAUCUCAACACCUGUCUCAUGGAACUGACGGCUCUCGAGUUGCUCACGGCCUUUAUGGAGCAUGCCCUCGAAAAAUCUGACCUGGGAAUUGGACACACUGGUGGGAUUCAGUUCACUAUCGGGGGACCCAGUGGUGUGCUGCCAAAGCAUCCGUAUGACCUAAUGCUGGAGUCCAACUUCUCCUAUCCGGCAAUGGGUGGUUGCCCGAAAAACGCUGGAACUCGAGUGCUCAACGAAAUUGUGGACAAUGACUUUGAGGGAAAGAUUCCGGAUGAUGAGUACACUACGUACAACUAUAUCGACCAUGUGAUCCGUCAGGUAGUGGGCACGGACAAGACCAUGCUUCUCACCAGUUUCGUCACUCACGAUUUCUUCAACCGUCAUCUGCUGGAGAAUGGCACCUUUGACACCCUGAUCCCCCGACUUAUUGAUGUGGCCGGCACUCUGAACCACAAGCUGCCCGUUCUGUUGGCUCUGAACAUGAACAACAAGCACAAUCCGCACAACACCUUCCUCUACUCCUUCGAAUACGCGGGCGAGUUCAAUCGCUACAAGGAGAUGGACGAGGAGACCAACAUGCAGAGCCCCUUCCGGGCUGGCGUCUCGCUGACCGACGAGGCCCUCUAUCUUUUCCCCUACCCCGAGCAUGUGAAGCGCCUCAGUCCGCCGGACGUGACGAUGGCUCGUCGCAUGGUCGAACUCUGGACAAACUUCGUCAUCAGCGGGAAUCCGCUCGGCUCCUAUCGCUCCGGCUACUGGCCGCCCAUGACCACGCUUUAUGGCCCUUAUAUGAAGAUCGAUGAGACGCUGACCAUCGGAGGCAACUACUUCUCGGAGUUCUCGGCCACGCUGCGUGAUGAGGACGAGGGCCAUAGCCUGGUCCGCGAGAUUUACUAUCUGCGCAACCGCAGCCGGAAGCGGGCGUUGGCUAAACGUCGAAAAGAGUUGGCAGCCUCCUCUGUGAGCAGGAUAAAGAAGCUGCAAGGACGCAAGAGUCUGGUGAAGCGGCCCAACCGGAACAAGAUACGUUUUUAA